GCCAACUCGGGCUAUCGUGGCCGUUGCUGCUCUUCUCCGUCUUCCCCCCUUUCCAUCUUGCGCCGAGGUGCGUCAGCUUAUGGGUAAGGCAAAGGGUAAUUCGACACGUGCCACGCAGCUAAGUCUUGUAACCGGGCAGGCAGGUUGGAUGAUUAUAAGGGAAGGCGAGCAAGAAGGCACGGAUAGAUGCUCUCGCGGACCGACAAUCGCCUCACCCUUGCCUACCCGCCGGUGCCCAUCAGCUCUGGUGAUAGAACGUGCCCUUUCUUCUUGAUUCUAUUCUUGAACUCCUGCGUAUUAUCUGCGGGGCGAGAGCGAGGAAGAUACACACAGAGAAAUAUUCAGCAGGAAAGCCGGUGCGACACCAUCCGCGAGUCCAGCUCCGGGGCGAUCGUGCGCUUGCCCCCGCGCCGCCCAGACCUGCUCCCUUACCCGGAGGAGCUGCCGUCGUUCGGACCGCCGCCGGGAAGCCCGAGAAGCGCCAACCCAAGCUUACUCGCUUGGAAGCGAGCUGGAAAGCGACCGGGGGAACGUCGAUGAUGACAGCAUCUUGCCCGGCGCCGAGCGGUUCGUUUUCUUCCCCACGGGUGGUCCUACCACGGCCGACGAGCUAGACGUCGAAGCCGGCGAGCGCACAAUCUUUAUGGGAGCUGCUUCCAAUAACGAAGGCGGUGCGGCGA